UUCUCUCUCUCCCUCUCCCGCUCUCCCUCCCCCUCUCUAUCGCUCUCCCUUUCUCCCUCUGUCUCGCUGUCCCUCUCCUGCAAAAUUGUGGUCGAGGUCGAAUCUAGAGGCAUUGGAACUUGUACUUUAUGGUCGAAGUUGAAUCUACAGGAGUUGGAACUUGUCAGCGGAUGCCAUUUCUUGCUGUAUUUGUCACUGCUCCAUCAUUUUGUUUGGCUUAUCCAUCAAACUAGGGUUUUACCCAAUACAUUGAGGCCUUCCUAACCGGAGGAAGUUAUCAGUUUGAACACCGGUGUCACUAACAGGUAUCAAGGUCUUUAUACCAGCAUGGCAUGGGAUAUUCAACUACAAAUGAUCCAGAAACUCAUGAAGAUUUCAGACCUACCACCAAAGUCGUGAAUUCUGGCCUUUCCAAAACCGACAUUGUUGAGCAGGAUGUCAAGGAAAAUCCAGUGGUGAUUUAUAUGAAAGGGGUUCCUGAGGCUCCUCAAUGCGGAUUCAGCUCACUGGCAGUUAGAGUGCUGAAACAAUACAAUGUUCCUUUAAGUGCCAGAAACAUUUUGGAAGAUCUUGAAUUGAAGACUGCUGUAAAAGCCUUCAGAGAACUUUCUUGGUAUCCUACCAAGAGAAGAAAUUAUCACAAUUGUUGUCCUGAAGAACCAAGAAACAAAAGGCACAGUGUAUAUGCUAGAGCUCCAAAUCUAUCAAGAAGAGAUUUAUACCACUCUACUACCUCUAGGAAGGUGGCAUCUAAUGCCAUCUAUUCAGUUCUUCAAUCUAGUUGCCUGCAACACUGGUUCAAAAAUUGGCAAGAACUAAGAAGGCAUAAACUGACUGCAAGCACAUUUGGUGGAGCUGUUGGGUUCUGGCCUGGUCGAAGAGUUCAGCUUUGGCAAGAGAAGAUUGGGGUGAUUGAGCCUUUCACUGGGAAUCUUGCAACUUGUUGGAGCAAUAUCAAAGAAGAAGAAGCGCUUGAAAGGUAUAAACUGAUAACAGGAAAUACUGUCUCUUUUCCUGACUUUCAGAUUUAUGGUAAGAAGAAUCCUGAAGAUGACUGGCUUGCAGCUUCACCAGAUGGGGUAAUUGACCAGUUUGUUUAUGGGUUGCCUUCACGUGGAGUGCUGGAAAUUAAAUGCCCAUAUUUUAAUGGAGAUAUGCGAAGGGCUUACCCAUGGUCUCGGAUCCCUAACUAUUGCAUUCCUCAAGCUCAGGGAUUAAUGGAAAUAUUAGACAGGGACUGGAUGGAUUUCUAUGUCUGGACUCCCAAUGGCAGCAGUUUGUUUAGAUUACACAGAGAUGUAGAGUACUGGAGGAUUCUGAAGGUGGCUUUAUCUGAUUUCUGGUGGAAGCAUGUACAGCCUGCUAAAGAGCUGCGCAUGAAGUCCAGAAUCACAGAUCCCCUCACUCAAAUGAGUUCUCUCAAACCAGAACCCAGGCAUGAAUUGUAUUGUUCCAUUAUUUGUGCAAGCAAACACCUGGUUGAUAGUUCUAAGUUAUUGAUGCGAGAAAUUCAUGGGGCAUUGCUAAACUAGUAAUUUGAGUUAUCUUAAGAUAUUCCAGUUUGGAGAUUAAACCAGCAACCUUGAAAAAGUAAAAUCUAGAGUUGGGGAUAAAUGACUGGUUGUUAUUGACAUCUAAGCAUCAAAAAACUUGAAAUGAAGCAACAACUGGAUAAUGGAAAGGAGAGACGGCAGAGUUGGAAUAGGGACAAAGGUUGUUGAUCACAACAAAGAAAGAUGUUCUUCAAUUUGAGAAUGUGAAAAUCAACUCCUUGAUAUUAGCUACUGGAGGAAUGCGUGUGUUUGCAUACCCAUACAUUGGGAGGCAAUAGCUCCUAUAUUCGCAAGCAACAAGAAGUUAUUUGAUUUUCCCGGCAGAUAUGAAAGUACCAAAUGAAGUUGUUACUUAGGCAUUGAUUGAGAGAGUUCCAGAUUGAGAAAAGGUACUUGUAGCGCUGACAAGGGUCUACAAGGAACAGUGCAAGUUGCAACUGCCCAUAUAUGAACAUGAGAAUUUCAAGAUGGGCAGUGCAUGCUAGCUUUCAUAGGGUGGAAAAGAGACCAUUGCAUGGUGUGGAUGGUAAAAUCUCAUUCUGGAAAGUUGAGAAAAAAAUGUGUUUGAAUCUAAGAGCAGUCACUUAUGCUAAAAAUGCUGGAGGUUAGGUCCACAUCAAAGUCCAUUCCUUACAAACCCCGGACAGACAGGAGAAGCACUGGAAGCAUUCAUGGAAACUACUCACGCUAUUACAAUGGCAGAAAGUUGUGUUUAUCAUGCUCACUUGUUGAAAAUCUUGAUCUCUUGGAUCUCAAGAUUGGCUAAAUGAAUCAGUACACCGCAAGCAAGGUCAACUAAAUGAAUCAAGUUCUCUUGCUUGAGAAGAUCCUAAGAUCCAGUAAAUGAAUCAGUAAAGCGCAAGAAGCAUCAACUGAACGAAUCAAGUUCCUGAGGCUGAGAUGCAAUAAUUCUGCUGGUGUUGGACAUGUUCUCAAUAACCUUCAUCGCACACUCAUUCUUCAAUGAGGGACAUAUUUCAGUUGUAGAUGUUUUAUGUGACAAAUACAAUUUAUCUUACCUGCUUUGUAAAAGGGAAUAACGCUAACCACUAAAGUUGCUGAAAAUAAGAAUUUAGAACUAAAUUUAAAGGUUGCUCAUUUCAAGUCAAUAAAUAAAAUCUUCUUUUAGUUCAA